AUGGCUGACCAACGUUAUUUAAAUGUUUUAGCUGAAUCAUAUAAGAAUGCGUCGAGCUGGGAAACCCGCAAGCAAAUCUUAUCUAUAGUGACUGAUUUAGCAAGCUAUUCUGUUAUCUCAUCCUUCAUUUCAGGAAUUACUAAAUACAGAUACACGGCAGCAAAUUUACAUCGUUUGGAGUUCGGUCGCGGUGUUCCAGUUCCUGCCCAAACAUCCGUUCGAUUUAAAACAGCUCGACCACUUCCUAUCAUUUAUAACUAGCCCACAUUUGGUUCAAGAUCUUCCUUUUGGUCAAAAGCACCUCACGCUUUCAUCUGGCAAAAUCUUAGAAGUACUUAAUGUGAUACGUACAAUGAUACCACGACGGAUUGUAGAACAGUACAGUAGAUACUGCGAAGAAACUAAUUUUCAACCAUUUAGCGAAAGUGCAAUGGUUCGCGUACUAUCAGAGUGCAGUGUGUCUGUCAGAAAAUCACGUCAAGGUCUUGAUUAUUUCGCUGCAGAUGGAUCACGGGCCUUUGACGAGCUAUUGGCACUAAUUCCCAAGCUUGUUGAAUAUUGUGCUACGAAUAGGGAAUGGGAAGUGAAAACAGCAGAAAAUCUAAAGACAGCCAGACUUAAUUUACUUGAAAGGAGAUUAUAAGGUGCAUGCACUAGACAAAAAUUAUUACUUACAUUCCUCAUAAGGAACUGCUCAAGAAGCUCGUAACAGGAGAUUGGGUCUUAGGCAUUCCGCUAAUUUGAAACUGAAAACGUCCCAUAAUACAGCAUUCACGUUCCCCCACCGAAAAACGAUUUUGUUUCCCGGCCCUCUUACUACUGUAUACCAGUGGAUUAAACAGGAAAAAUAGGGAGUCACCCAUCCUAUUUGUGGCCAAAAAGGGGUGGGCCAGGAAACGAAAUGCACCAUGCCAAAGAGGGUUUGCCAGCCACCUAUUGUACUUUAUAGACCAAUAUUUAUUUUUUAAAUCAUUUUCCCGCCAGGUGCAUCUUGACAAUGCUGAUGAAGUAGCAGAUCACAGUUUAGACAAUGCUGAUGAAGUAGCAGAUCACUGACUUCCAGGAAAAAUGUAACAACAAACACCUUGCCGUUUGCAAGCAGUGCCUGGCUCUUGAAGAAACUUUGAAAGACGUCGAAGGAUGCUUCAAAGCGGCAGAGUUUCCAUCCGUUGAUGAGAGAGAUGACCUGCACUACACUGUACGAUCAGCCGUGCUUGCCAUCAAUUCAUGGAAGUGCCACAUACUCAGAUCUUUGAAACAGGAUCAAGCACGGCUCGAUGUUCUUAAGCUUCUUGAUGAGAAGACGGUAUUCAUUGUCAAUGAUUGGGCAAUGGAGUUUUUGCCCCAGGGAUAUCGAGAAUCCCAGCAAGACUGGUUUGGAAAGCGUGGCAUUUCGUGGCAUAUAUCUGUUGUAUACAGACGUAAUUGUGGCAAACUACAGUGGCAGUGUUUCGUACACAUCAUCCAAUCAUGUAGCCAAGACAGUCCAGCAGUGGUUACCGUAAUGGAGGAUGGACUCAGAGCCUUGAAGCGAGAAAUCCCGAAAUCAUAACAGCCUACUUUCAACAGGACAACGCAGGUUGUUAUCACUCCGCGACAACAAUCCUGUCCUGCCCCAACAUAGCGAAAGAAUCUGGAGUGAAGAUACCCGCCUUGAUUUCAGCGACCCCCAAGGUGGCAAAGGAGCAGCAGAUCGUUUAGCAGCAACAUGCAAAAACCAUAUUCGUGCUUAUAUAAAUGAAGGCAAUGAUGUACUUACGGCAAAACAACUCAAGGAAGCCAUUGUCUCACAUGGAGGUAUAAAUGGCCUGCGCGUAGUUUCAAUGGAGUCCAUUGGAAACACACGUGAGUGUACCGAGAAAAUCCCAAGCAUCAGUAAGAUGAACAACUACAAAGUCAUGUCAAUCGAUAAAAUCAAAGUCUGGCGUGCCUAUAAAUUGGGUAAAGGAAAGGUCAUCAAAACUGCAAAACCGCCGGUCGGUAAGUUAACUAAUUCAUCAAUUAAUUAAUUAGCUAUUUCAUUCAUUCGUGCGUUCAUUCAUUCAUUCAUUCAUUCAUUUUGUUUUAGAUUCUAAUUACAACUUGUUGGAGUCAACCUUUUCAUCUGCUGGAUUCAAAACCGUUUCUCAAGAACAAGGUAAGACCCAGCAUGAAAAAGAUCAUACUGCAGAGAAACGCACUGAUGGGAGUAGCCAGAAUAAUAUUCAAGCGGUCUACCCUUGUCCUCAUGAUGGAUGUGUACGUAUGUUCCAGAGACUUGGUAAUCUGGAAAACCACCUAUCGACUGAUAAACGUACGCAAACUCUGGAGAAAGACACACUUUUAGAUCUGGCAAAAAUGGGCUACAAAAGUUCGUUGGAGGAUGGUGCUGGUGUAAAACCAACUUUACAAGCAAGUAAAGCAGGCCAUGAAGGUAGGAAUGCUAGCCCCCUUGCUGAAUGCUGGGCUCUUCGAACAUCCAAGAAGACAUACCGUUUCAGCGAGAAGCAAAAGGAUUACCUUCUGGCCAAAUUCGAAAUAGGUGAAUCAACUGGUAGAGAGGUCGAUGCUAAUCAGUAGCGUAGCCAGCCCGAUGAUUUAGUCCCGCUAUGCAAAUAUUUUCGUAUUCAUUGACUGUGAAAACAAUCAAUUUCUAAAGAAAUGAAUAAUAAUAAUAAUUUUGAAUUUCCAUAGCAAGACUAAAUUGUCGGGCUGGAUACGCCACUGAUGCUAAUAAUGUAGCCCAAGAUAUAAGACGUGUUCGCGAUUCUGAUGACGAAAGACUUUUUCAAGCGUCAGAGUUUUUAAGUUCUCAACAGAUUACCUCUUAUUUUUCCCGACUCGCAGCAAAGCGUCGAAAAGCGGCACCGACUGAAUCCGACUUAAUUGCUAUUGAAGAAGAAAUUGGCUUCACGAGGGCAAGAACCAGUGCAAUGGAAUCUAUCGGCCUUGAGCACCCCAUUGUCUAUAGCCAAUAUAAUGUUUUUGCCAUGAUAGAAAAGAACACUUUAAAAAACCUGAAACUUGGAAUGUUACAAGUCGUCAGCGAGAAACUUUGUCUUCAAGUCCCAAGAAAGCAGCAAGAGCAAAAGCGCCAAAUUUGA